GGCUGGGGCAGAGCAGCUCCCAUCACCGAGAGGGAGAGAAGCAGGAACCGGGAUACCCAAGGGCUGCAUCCGCACGGGAAGAUGCUGCCGGCGACGUUCAAGCUCUGCGCUGCCAUCUCCUACCAGCACCUGCGGAACAUGAGGGGUCUCAGAAGACAAGCGGCCCUCACCAUCGGCCAGGAGCUGAGCAAGCUCGUGUGCCGCAGCCCCGGCCCCGGGCCCUGGAUCAGCCACGUGCGCAGGAGGAGCUCCUUGCUCAGCUCAAGGCUGGAGGAGAAGCCCUUCAGCGACGUGGAAAUGUCCUACAUCAAACAAGGGGAAGAAGCGCUCCAGAAAUCCCUGAGCAUCCUCGGGAACCAGGACGGCUGGAAGAUGGAGACGGAGCUGCAGAACGGAGACCGAGUGCUGAGCAAGGUGCUCCCGGACGUGGGGAAGGUGUUCCGCCUGGAGGUGGUGGUGGAUCAGCCCCUGGAUGCGGUGUACAGUGAGCUGGUGGACAACAUGGAGCAGAUGGGAGACUGGAACCCCAGCGUCAAGGAGGUCAAGAUCCUGCAGAGGAUUGGCAAGGACACGGUCAUCACCCAUGAGAAGGCAGCUGCUCCCCCCGGGAACAUCGUUGGACCCAGGGACUUUGUGAGCGUCCGGUGCUCCAAGAGACGCGGCUCCACUUGUGUCCUGGCUGGAAUGGCCACGCAGUACGGAGCCGUGCCGGAGCAGGAGGGCUUUGUAAGAGCAGAGAACGGCCCCACAUGCAUGCUGCUGCGCCCGCUGUCCGGCCGGCCCUCGCACACCAAGCUCACUUGGCUGCUCAGCAUCGACCUCAAGGGUUGGCUGCCCAAGAGCAUCAUCAACCAGGUCCUGGCCCAGACCCAGGUGGACUUUGCCAACCACCUCCGGCGGCGCCUGGCGCGGACGGCGGCCCCACAGUGCUGACAGUGCUUCAGCCCGGGGCGGGGGGGAUGAAGGAGGGGAGCUUGUAUGGGCAGACAAUGUAAUCAGAGCCUGUGCUCAUUAACCGAGGCCUUUAAUAGUAGACACUGCUAAUUAACCCCUGAAUAAAGCCGCCUUUAUUGAACUAAGGAGUUAGCAGGGGCCUGAGCAUAAACUUCUGCUAAGUCAAGUCCUGCAUUUGCUCCAAUGCCCCCUGCAACCUCCCUAAUGAAUGGCUGUUAAUAAAUAAAGCUCCAAUGAUGGGUAUUUACUAUUAAAGGCCUUGGUGACUUAGUUGUUAGGGAGGUCCCAUGCACCCGAGUGGGAAGGUAGAAGGAUGAGCACAGGAACUUGCUUUAAACCCUCACCUUUCCCUCUCCUCCUUCCCCCAAACCCCAGCCCUAAGAGUUCUGUUCCCUCCUCCCCGAGUGAAGCAGCUCUAAUUUAUUGUUCCUGUACAGACACA